CAUUUUCAGAGAAGAAACAGAGCCUUAACUAGUAAUGAAGAAUAGUAUGAGAACACUCUACAGUAUAAUCCAAAAAAAAAGCAUGGAAAUCAGUUUCUUAUGUAGGGUUCUUGAGAAAUCUGGAUUUUCAUUUUCUUAGUUCUUGUUAUAUUAAAAUGGAUCUGCUAUAGCAUUGGAACCUUGGCGGAAACCCUAACACAGAAGCCAUGGCUGUUCCUCUGCUCACCAAGAAGAUUGUAAAGAAGCGUGUCAAGCAGUUCAAGAGGUCCCAGAGUGACCGGAAGGUCUCUGUGAAGCCAAGCUGGAGUAGACCCAAAGGUAUUGAUACUCGGGUGACGAGGAAGUUCAAGGGCUGCACUUUGAUGCCCAACAUAGGGUAUGGCUCAGACAAGAAGACCCGUCAUUACCUUCCCAAUGGCUUCAAGAAAUUUCUGGUGCACAAGGUCAAGGAAUUGGAAGUGUUGAUGAUGCAGAACAGGACAAAUUGUGCAGAAAUCGCACACAAUGUCUUCACGAGUAAAAGGAAAAAGAUUGUUGAGCGUGCUGCCCAGCUGGAUGUUGUUGUUACCAACAAACUGGCCAGGUUGCGGAGCCAAGAGGAUGAGUGAGCAGUGUUGGAAAAU